CGCGUCCUUGGAGAGCGACUACAAUGCCAUUGCGAUCGUGGAGCUGCCGAGGGAUUCGCUGGCUGAUUUCGCUGGGGCAAGAUUGCUGCUGCUCGAUCAAACAGGAUCUUUGUCAAUGUAGGAGAUCCUCACAGCGUUUACAUGGAGGAUUCGAUGUGGGUUGGAUACUACUGGGAUGAGUUCUCCUCGCUUCCACCGAUCAUUCCGGAAGGUCCCAUUGCAAUUUUCGGAUUGGGAGGUGGCACUGCUGCUCGAUUACUGCUCCAUUUGUGGCCCCAGCGAGAAUUGAUAGGCUUUGAGAUCGAUGAACUCCUGAUUGAAAAGGCGAGAAAAUAUCUUGGCCUGUCCGAGCUGGAAGGCGAGAAUGAACAUGGUGGCGGACUGAAAAUUCAUAUCGGAGACGCUUUCUCGGAUGCCAAUGAUCCCGACGGAGGAUUUGCAGGCAUUGUCGUGGAUUUGUUCUCAAACGCGGAGGUUUUGCCAGAGUUGCACGAGGUGGAGACAUGGUUGAAACUCCGGAAGAGAUUGAAACCGGGAGGCCGGAUCAUGAUCAACUUCGUGGAGAAAAGGAAGCUCCAUGGAGAUCAAAACAAGCACAACAUUCUACGUGCAAUGUCUAAAGCAUUUCCAGGCGAGGUGAACUGGCGAAAGAUUGAUCGAAUUAACAACAAAAUGGCUUUCACGGGUCCUCUCCCGGAUCUCCAAAAAUGGUCUCAGGCUCUUCCCGAGAGGCUACAAAAAGGCACACUCGAAUGGAAAGCUUUCGAUUGACAAGCCUUCUCUCCGGAAAGAAAAAAAAAAAUCAAUCUCGUCUCGGGGUGGAAAGAAUCUGCCCGAUAAUCGCAUUCACCUUCACACAACCAGCGUAAGCACAAGAGAGAAAAAAAGAGAGCUCUUUCGUGGAGCUGACUUGCCUGUUUAUACUUUGAGACGCAUCGAUCAAUGCAGGCCAUCUCGCCAAGAUUAAGAUCCGGAUCCUUGUAACUCACAUUUUGGUCAUUCUGGAUCACGGAAAAAAAAUCCCCAAUAAGCUCGCAGCUGGAACCAAUCGAAGAGACUUACUUGGUGUUGAGCUCGACCCAAUACCCCAGUUCCUCGAUCACGCCAAGGUCCGUCGUCUUGCUCAUUAGAAAGAAAGCUCUUAUUAACGGAGAAACCCUAGCCCUAGAUUCCAGGAGGCAUAUGCUUCCAUUUGAAAACGGACAAUUUUCGCCGGAAAA